AUGACUGUCCGCGACUUUACUCAGAUCCCAAUUCUCGACCUAUCGUUGGGCGACGAUCCCGCAACUCUCCCAGAGUUGUUGAGCUGUCUCAGAACCGCAUUGACCGACGUCGGUUUCUUGUAUGUCUCGAACCACGGCGUCUCGGCUUCCCUCAUUGCCGAACUCGUGCGGGUCCUCCGUCCCCUCUUUGACCUCCCGCCCGACGCCAAAGCUUCCAUCGCCCUUGAGAAUUCGCCGCAUUUCCUCGGAUACAGUGGAACCGGGAGCGAAACAACUGCGGGCUCUGCGGAUCAGCGAGAGCAGGUGGAGCUUGCCACCGAACUGGAUGCUGGCUCGGGCGCUCCUUAUGAGCGCCUGCGUGGUCCGAAUCAGUGGCCAUGCCAACUCCCAGAACUGAGACCUAUUGUCGAGCGGUACAUUGAAGAACUGACCCACCUGGGUGAGAGGUUUUUACGGCUCGUCGCAAAAGCCCUGUCUCUUCCCGACGAAACCUUCUUCUCGUACCUCUCAGACCAGCAUCGCCUUAAACUAGUCCGCUAUCCAGCAUCCUCCAACACCCUCGGUGUCGGCCCACACAAAGACUCGUCCGGCUGGUGGACAUUUCUCCUCCAGGCAUCGCCGGAAGUCAAGGGCUUACAAGUCCUCAACAAAGCGGGCGCUUGGGUUGAUGUACCGGAAGUCCCGGGGACAUUUGUCGUCAACAUUGGCCAGGCCUUUGAGGUGGUGACGCACGGAACUGGUAACGAAUACUCAUACAUUCAUAUCCCAGCGACUCAAAAAACAACUUUACUGCUCCUCCAUGGCUUCCCGUCCACCGCGUCCGAUUGGGUACAUCAGAUUCAGUACUUUUCAGCAAAAGGAUACGGAAUAGUUGCCCCUGACCUGCUUGGCUAUGGUCAGAGUAGCAAGCCGACAGAUGUUUCGAAAUAUCGCCUGAAGCCCAUGGGUGACGAGUUGGUUGAACUGCUGGACAACUUGGGCUUAUCGCAAGUGGUCGGGAUAGGUCACGACUUUGGAUCAACGCUGCUCUCACGGCUAGCAGCAUACCACCCCUCCCGAUGGACGGCGUUGGUAUUCCUUGCAGUCGGGCCUCCUAGACUAGGCACUCCAUUUAAUGUCAAAAUGAUCAAUCAGAUGACCAAGCAGAUGAUGGGGUUCGAGCUGCUCGGAUACAUUCCUUGGCUAGCUGGCGACGCCCAAGCUACCCUGGAGCAACACGCCGAAUCCGCCAUGAGCCUGAUGUUCUGCCACGACCACAAGGAAUGGGAUGAAUGGUUUCAUCCUUUGGGGAAGAUGGAACUGUUUGUAACCGAGAACCGUCGUGUUCCAGUUGGAUCUUGGUACUCUGAAGCGCUGCAGAAAAAACACCUGGAAGCAUUUGGGGCAAAGGACGGGUACAAAGGUGUGACAAGAUGGUAUCGCAUGUGGUUGGAGAAUCUAUUUGCACAGGACGAAGUUGGAUUUGAUGGAUUCCAAACAUCACAGCCUGCACUGUUUGUUGUCCCGAGAGAGCCGGAGUCAUCUGCGGCUCAACAACAACAGAUGUUGGCAGCUUGGACACCAAACUUACAGACCGUAAAGACAGACUCGGGCCACUGGGUGCAUUUGGAGCGGCCGGAUGAGACUAACGUGGCCAUCCAAGACUUCCUGGUUAGCUUGUAG